GAGAGAGAGGAGGUUCUAGAGGAGUCACUCCUCCAUGGGCUGGAUUUGGAUGCUGAUGUGCUGCCGAUCAAACAGUCGAAAACUAUAACUUUCUGUUCACACUUUAUAUCAACAACAAAUCCCUUCAUUUACUGAGGCCGAGCGGGUUAACAUGCUUCAUCCGUGAGCAUCCGACUCUCAUUUACCCUUCAUUUCUAUUUAUUUGUCAGAUUAAAUCAACAGGUGACUUUGCGUGAUGCCCAGCCAGACUCUGCGCCCGCGUCUCUGCGUCCUGGAGAAGGGCGAGAACGGAUACGGCUUCCAUCUGCACGGAGAGAAGGGCAAGAGCGGCCAGUUCAUCCGCCUGGUGGAGCCCGACUCCCCCGCCGAGCUGUCCGGUCUGCGCGCAGGCGACAGGCUGGUGUUCGUGAACGGAGAGCGCGUGGAGAGCGACAGCCAUCCGCAGGUCGUGGCGAGGAUACGCGCCAGCGCCGGGAGCCUGCAGCUCGUAGUGGUGGACGCUGACACCGACCAGCUGCUGCAGAAACACGAGCUGAAGUGCUUGAAGGAGUUUGUCACGGAGGGCAUUCCGGUGCCCGAGUGCGGUGAUGAUGAGCUCGAGAUCAGCGACGAGAUGAUGCGGGACGACACGCCGCCGCCGGUGCCGGAGAGGAACGGGGAAAUCUUGGUGGAGAAACUCAGGACCUCCAUGAGCUCGGAGACGGACUUGAAGACCCAGCUCAGACCCCGGCUAUGUGUCAUUGAGAAAGGCCCCAAUGGCUUCGGCUUUAACUUGCACAGUGAGAAGUCCAGAUCCGGCCAGUUCAUCAGAGCUAUAGAUGACGACUCGCCAGCACAGAGAUCCGGCCUGAGGCCCAAAGACAGGAUAAUACAGGUCAACGGGGUUUCGGUGGAGGGGAAGCAGCAUGCUGAGGUGGUGGCCGCUAUUAAAGCCGGGGGUGACAACACUUCACUCUUGGUCGUAGAUCAAGACACAGAUGCUUUCUUCAAGAAGUGUCGAGUGAUGCCCACUGCAGAACACCUCACAGGACCCCUAUCUGACAUGUUACUGAAAUGUCUGUCUGCUGUUCAGGUUAACGGAAAUGUGUCCAAAGAGGUGGAGCUGAAGGAUUCGAAGUUAUCAAUCAGUCCGUCUCCAUCCAACGCAUCCUCCAACACCUCCCUCACGACUCCACCUUCUGAGGCUUUGGAGCCGUCCAUCAUAAAUGCCAUCCCAGAGCUCAAUCUGUCCCUGCAGCAGGUGAAAGAGCGCGCUCACCAGAAACGCUCCAAUAAGAGAGCUCCACCCAUGGACUGGAGCAAGAAAAAUGAACUCUUCAGUAACCUAUAGACCUCCGAUCGUCCAUCCACCCAUUCAUCCAUCCAUCAGCUCUGUUUAAGACUUAAUCAAACAGAGCAGAUCUUAUAAUGAGGUUAAAGUCAUCAAUGAAGUAGGCUCCAUAUGAUGUAUGUACAGUGUGUGUACACACAGAUUUAUAUGUAUUCUGAAUUAUGUAUAUGAAUUACUAACAGCUUAUUAGAUUACAUCUGCUACGGGGCAAAUGGAAUGUAACAUUGUACAACUGUCAUGUAUUACAGUCAUUGGCUGUUCAGAAUGGAGUAGCUACUAACUUACUGUAAUAUUACUGCUCACUGUAUACCGUGCAUUACACACCGUAUACUGCGUACUGUUUUAGAAUUUAGUAAAACAGAAGUGGAAGUGUUAGGGGCCAUUCACAUGUCGCGCCUAAAACGCUAGGCGCGCCGCUUUCCGCCGUUUUCCACGCGUUUUUAGGCGCAACAUGUGCACGGCCCCUUAUGCUGUUAUGCAUACAGUGGUAUGCUAUACUGUUGUCACAGAACAAUUACUUUGCAUGUUUAAUUUAAUGAGCAGCAUCCAGUUAUCAUGUGAAAAAUUACGUUUAUUUUAUAUUAAUUCAAUUUUGUGUAAAUAUGUUUUUUUUAGGGUUUGGCAGUUUGAUGAAACAAUAGGUAAAAGCUCAUGCCUGUAGUUUCAAUUCAUUCGAAAUGGAAAGCCAAGUCACACUGCAUUGUGGGAUACAGUGCUUCAGCAUCUUAACAAACUGCGCACGCUAUAUAUGACAGAAAUAGUAAUAUUAUGUUCGUAUGCUAUUCUGAACAGAGCCAUUGUAUCUAAUCCAGCAUGUUCAACAUUGAGCAGAUUUGGUUCAAGGUGUUUUGGUUCUAGUUUGAUUUCUGACUGAUUUGUUAAGCAGCUCUCAGUCUUAUUUCUCUGCCAAUUCUGUUGAGAAUCAUUUUAUUGUUUUAUAAUGAAGGACCAAAUGAAGAGUGGAUAGAAGCGAAUCCUGAACUCCUGACUAUCAGCCAAUGAGUGUGUUUGAUGAUUAUGAAUGACUGAACAUGUGUAGAAAUCUCACUUUCUGUUAUAAACAUAGAGUGGUGCCCAAAAGUCUGAGAUUUCCACACUGAAAUCUAAUCUGCAAUGAAGCAUUUUAUAUUAAAUACAACAUUUUAUUAAAUAUUUUGAGGCCACUGUAAAUUCCUGUUAGUGUAUCACUGUUAGGUUUUCUGAGACACCUGCUAUAUUUUUUUUUCUAUGUACAGUUUUGACAUGCCUUACAUAAUCUAAACUUCUGAUCACUUCAGUGUCAUGUCCUAUAUGUGUGCACAAGUGAAUGUUAUUUCUAUAUGUAACAAUACAUUUUGUUCAGAAAACAUAUUUCUUUUGACAAAUUCCUCUGCUUUUGCAGUUGUUGCAAAAUCACUGAAUUUCUGCAAUGCUUUAUGCAUAUAACGUUAAAUGGGUCACAAAUGAUUCCAAGAAGUCAAAGGCCUCUUUAUUGCCACUGGAUUCGAUGGAUGACAUAACACUCUGCUUUAUCCUCUGCACCGU